AUGGAUCAAUCGACCACAGAAAACACCGGUCCCGUAGCUGCAGCUUCACUGUCCUCCAACAAACCGGAUGAUACGGCCGAAGUUGACCGAGAGGACUUGGCUCGAUUUCAAGCCACUCCCGAGGGUAACCGACGUGCGGUCAUCGCAUCAUUAUUUUUCCUCGUUGUCGCCCUUUUUGUUGGUGUUCCGGUGUGGUUAAAAACCACCGCCACAUAUCAAGCACCUCUCCCGUUCUGGGAUAUCAAGGCGUUGUGUUCGCGUUCGAUUAAAGUUGCAGUUCCACUCACACUUGUAUCAUUCACAGAUCAGCUGAAUAAAGUCGACCUAUCCACAGUAGGAUCCGAUUUAGCCACGUCUGAAGAUAUCACUCUCCGAUGUGGAACGUCAUCACAGAGCAAACUGUCGAAAAAAUUACACGUGCGUUGUGCUGUACAAACUCGCUCUGCGACCCCUGAUGAACAGGCCACCGUGAAAAGUGCUUUGAGUCACGCAACCUCGUUAAAUGAGUUCCUGUCUCGUGUGGAAGCACUGCUUCCGUCUGAUGAGACUGAAUCACGUGACUGCAACCAAUCAGGCUGUGAUCCUUCCGAAAUCGCCUCGUCCGUGUACACUAUCUCCAUUUUGCCACCUGGUGUGCACGCACUACUCAAAGGCGUGGUGUCAGUAUCCAAUAGCCCUCUCGAGUCUGCAAUCCCCGUGUCCAUUGUGCGUGACCAAACCAAUCGAAAUGUGAUCUAUAUUGUGUUGCCCAAAGAACAGUCUCUGAACCGAGUCCAACUGACCGCUUACAUAGCCAAAUUGAUGAACUCUGUCAUGCUUACCGUGGACGACCUGCAGGACUACGAUGUGUAUAGUUCUGGUUGUAGAGAUUCAGAUCUAGUUUGA